AUGAUCCUAUCCAAUAUCGACUUUCCUGCACUUACAAGCUUGCAAAUCCACGUAUCCGAUAUGCAGUUACCAGAGCUGGUUCGAGUGAUCGUGCAACUCGUGAGGUUGCAAACAUUUGAGUUAACUCUCACAAUAUCUAUCGACGCCCCAAUCUCCUUCUUCAACGAAGGUCAUCGCGGACCAAGCCUUCGUACAGUGGGCUUUUCAUUGAAACAAACACUAUCUGAAAUACCCGAGGAUUUCUCUAGCAACUACUUUAACUUCGUCAAAGUAAUCUCCCCGUGCUUUCAGUCUGUCCACGAACUGAAAAUGACAGGACCAGACCACGGGACACUUCAGCAGAUGCUAAGCCAACCGGAACUACUCCCAAAUUUGCAUUCAAUUACUUUUCGGCAUCCACUAGCUGCCAUCUCCCCUCCCUCUGUCGCGGCUCUCGGCUCACUCAAGUCGCUUUCCAUGGCUGCCACCCAAUUCCAUAACUUAAACAUUCAAUCUGACUCAUUGGAACAUCUGAGGCUCGUGCAGCUGAGGUAUCAUGAGAGUGAUAGCACGCUCAACUUGGAUAGACUUCCUCUACUAAAGACUCUAACAGUCUCAGAAGGUCGAUUAGCUGGCUCUGGGAAAAACUUGACGAAAAUUUCGCUGGAUCCAUACUACGCCCUUGGCAUGGCAAACCUCUGCAUCCAGCUCGCACUCAAUCCGGAAAUGGCGCCAAAUCUGACCGAGCUAUCAGGACCAGCUAUUGAUCUUGAUGUCCUAUUCAUACUUCUAGAGACGUAUAAUUUUCGCGCUGAGGCACCCGGGCGGCGCAUAUCACGCCUUCAAUUGUUCGACUGGCUCCCAGAAGGAGUUGUCUCUCUUCUCAGAGAUCUCGUGAGGGGAAAAGUACCGAACCGGCCUGCAUACAGGGAUCUAUCCUGGCUUUCAAACGUGGAGAUGAUAUUUGAUCCGAGCUUAAGGAUGAGCCGGUUGGCGUCGUUUGGAGGUCCAUCGACGCCAUCCAAAAACCCUGCGGGACCGCCGACGAAGAACGGAGGCGCCCAGAGCCCCCAGGCUGCAACAAAUCGCAAAGGAAAACGAGCUAAUUCGUCCAAUGUGGGCAAGCUGUCACCGGCUGAAUCCCCUUCCUCGCCCCGCGCGGCCAAAACGAAUCAAAAGUUGUCACUUGGACAUGAUGGCGACAAAGAUUCACCGAUAUCGACUUUUAUCGAGAGUCGAGAGCAUCGUAGGCUUCGCCAGACGCUUCUGGACAUUCGAGCCACUACGAGAAAGUGGGAUGAGCUCGUCAAGGAGGACGGGUUUAGAGCUGCGAAGAUGAUUAUUGAUUCGCGAACAACUAUCAAAAACUCGCUCGCGUUGGUACCAUCGGGACAAUGGCCUAAUCGUGCGAUUGUAGGGCCUCAAAUGAUUAUAAUCAGCGAUUCUAUGAAGAAGAUAGAAGACAUGUUUAUCAAAAUGAAUCAUUUCUUCGAACGCAUAUCUUCCCUCUGUGCAGACUUGGAAGAUCUGUACAUCGCGUCGACCAAUCAGUACUACACUCUACAGGCUCCACCUGCCGUCACGUCUGCGAUGGACCCAGAAGCACCCCUAUAUCCUACGUCUACCUGGAGUCUAGCUCGCUUCUGCAACUGCGUUCCUCGACUGAUUCCUCCACACUACCAUACACUGAUGCAUUCGUACCGCCUAAUCUUCGACGAGCUCCGACAGCCCAACAUUGAAUGGGAGCGGGCGAGAGUACUACUCAACGCCUGGAAAGACUGUAUACCGAUACAUCAAAUGCAGACCAUCGAGAUUAUUGACGGCAUUUCGUUUGAAAGAGGAUGGAGCGAGGAGUUGGAGGAGAUUUUCAAGCGCUCUUUGACGCGCGCAACGACCAUCGAGUUUGACGAGCUACCCUCUGCCGACGUCGAAGAGCUCGAGAUGACGCACGUGUAUCGCGAGUCUGAUGAUGCUGCUCUCAACCAGCCGCUCCUGGGCAACGCCAGCGAGCCAGCAGCGCGUCCGACGCCAAAAGAAGGAAAGGCUCAGCUGCGGUCGUCUGUGGGCAAUCUCGCGAAUACAAUUCUUGGUACAGGAAUGCUCUCGUUCCCCUUGUUUGCGUUUGCGACUGCAGGAAUCAUUCCCGGCGUGCUCACCUGCAUAUUUUCGGCGUGCUGCGCCGGUUUGGGGCUCUAUUUCCUUUCGAGAUGCGCUACAAAGGCUCCACAUCGGCACUCAUCGUUCUUUGCAAUCUCACAACUAACAUACCCUGGCCUGUCUGUUUAUUUCGACAUUGCAAUCGCCAUCAAAUGCUUCGGUGUCUCUAUAAGUUACUUGAUAAUUAUCAAAGGUCUUAUGCCUAGUGUGGUCUCCGCCCUCUAUCAUGUGCUAUUGCCUACGGACCCGCCGGCUUGGUCGCUUUCAGGAAGGCUUUGGAUAUCACUGUUCAUGGUGGUCCUUGUUCCUCUGUGCUUCUUGCGAGACUUGCAUUCGCUCAGACACACGAGUUACGUCGCCCUCUUCUCUGUUGCGUACUUGGUGGUUGUGGUCAUUACAUGCUACAUUUUCCCCCCAAGCGGGAUGGAGAAGCCGGGGGAGAUUCACUUUAUCCACUUUACUCCUUCCUUCAUAGCCACGUUCCCCGUCCAGGUCUUUGCAUAUACAUGUGCUCAAAAUCUUUUCCCCAUCUACAACGAGCUCAAGAGUAAUACACAAGCACGAAUGAACAUUGUCAUAGGGUCCUCUAUUGGCGGAGCUUGCAUCAUCUACGAGGUUGUUGCUGUCUUGGGCUACCUGACAUUCGGUUCAAAAGUAGGCGCAAAUAUUAUGGCCAUGUAUCCAGCAACGUCACUUUUUAUCGCAUGUGGACAGCUCGCCAUCGUAAUUCUGGUCCUCUUCUCAUACCCACUGCAAGUUCACCCUUGUCGCAACUGCCUGGACAAGAUCAUAGAGGCGGCAACGACGCACAAGAUUUCAGCUCCAGUAGUCGCAGAGGGUGAAGACGAUGAUCAUGACUAUGACCACGGAGCGCACGAUGAAGCGAGUCCAUGGAGACACACUUGGUUGACGGCGGCGAUCAUUAUUGCUGGGUUCACCAUUGCAUACUUUGUCUCCAGCCUUCAGCUCGUUCUAUCCUUUGUUGGAUCAACAGGAUCAACGACAAUCUCGUUUAUUCUCCCUGGCCUCUUCUUUGCGCGGCUGUUCCGCGACGACCCCAAGGAGCGGGUUCUGGUCACUCUAGCCAAGGGCCUGACAAUCUACGGUUGCUGCGUCUUUGUGUUCUGUCUCGGCUUCAAUGUGUACGAGGUUACUCGAUGA